GCAGCGGGCGGCCGGGCGACGGCCGGCGGGGAGGAGCCGGCGGAGCGGUCGGCGCGCCGAGCCGGGAAGAUGCUGCUGUCCCUGGUGCUCCACAUGUACUCCAUGCGCUGCGUGCUGCCCGCCGCGGUGCUGCUGGGCUCGGCCCCCACCUACGUGCUGGCCUGGGGGGCCUGGCGGCUGCUCUCCGCCUUCCUGCCCUCCCGCUUCUACCACGCGGUGGACGACCGGCUCUACUGCAUCUACCAGAGCAUGGUGCUCUUCUUCUUCGAGAACUACACCGGCGUGCAGAUAUUGCUGUAUGGAGAUUUGCCAAAAAAUAAAGAAAAUAUAAUAUAUUUAGCAAAUCAUCAAAGCACAGUCGACUGGAUUAUCGCGGACAUUCUGGCCAUCAGGCAGAACGCUCUUGGGCACGUGCGCUACGUGCUGAAAGACGGGUUAAAGUGGCUUCCACUGUAUGGGUGUUAUUUUUCUCAGCAUGGCGGAAUCUAUGUGAAGCGAAGUGCCAAAUUUAAUGAAAAGGAAAUGAGGAACAAGCUGCAGAGGUACAUGAACGCAGGAACUCCAAUGUAUCUUGUGAUUUUUCCAGAGGGAACAAGGUAUAAUCCAGAACUAACAAAAGUCAUUUCAGCUAGUCAAACAUUUGCUGCUCAAGAAGGCCUUCCAGUAUUAAAACAUGUGCUGACGCCAAGAAUAAAGGCAACCCAUGUUGCUUUUGAUUCCAUGAAGAGUUAUUUAGAUGCAAUUUAUGAUGUUACAGUCGCUUUUGAAGGGACUGUGGACAAUAAAGGGCAGCGCAAAGAAGCGCCAUCCAUGGCUGAAUUUCUCUGUAAAGAAUGUCCAAAAAUCCAUAUUCACAUCGAUCGUAUAGACAAAAAAGAUGUCCCGGAAGAACAAGCGUAUAUGAGAAGAUGGCUUCAUGAACGUUUUGAAAUAAAAGAUAAGUUGCUUAUAGAAUUCUAUGAUUCAGUGGAUCCAGAAAGAAGAAACAAAUUUCCUGGGAAAAGUGUUAAUUCUAAACUAAGUCUCAAGAAGACUUUACCAUCAUUAUUGAUCUUAAGUGGUUUGACUGCUGGUAUGCUUAUGACCGAGGCUGGAAGGAAACUGUAUGUAAAAACGUGGAUUUAUGGAACCCUCAUUGGCUGCUUGUGGGUCAGUAUUAAAGCGUAAACAAGUGGCUGUCUCCAGGCAGUGGACUGUGCUACGUUGUUUGUCAUUGGCAGCUGCAUACUGCAUCAGAUUGUUUCCUGAAUUUAGUAAGAAGUGUAAAUAAAGCCUUACUGAUUGAACAUUGGAUAAAA